GGUGAAUUGUUUUAGUUCAAACCUCACAAUCAUUAAUAUAUAUUCCUUUUCAGCAAAUAACAUUUUCUUCCAGCACGUCCAAAUCAACCCUGGGCCUUGGAUAUGACAUCAGAAGCAGACCUCAAAGCCUUUAUCGGCCGCCAUCGUGAACUGCUCUCAAAGGAACGCGACGCAGAGAUCGAGCGAAGCGCUUUGCUGCUCACAAACUGCGGCCCAAAACUUCUGGAGCAAAAAGGGCUCGCGUUGGGGAGUCUUGGUGUGGUUGGAAUCAACAUAGGCCUAGGCGGGAAAACAUUAGUCGAACUGGAGCGUCCUACGGCGUUUCACACUUCGCAAUCAUUUCCUCCUCAUAACUUCAGACCCGGAGACCUCGCUCGCAUCGAAGAGAACGUAUCCUCGAAUGCUGCUGUCAAAAAAUCUGCAAAAAGUAAGAAGGCUGCAUCUGCUGGCGCUGAAAGCUCCCAUGCUGCAGAAGGUGUGGUAUACAAAGUGUCAGAUACCCGCAUCGUCAUUGCAGUGGACCCUUCAUAUUCCAGAUCAGACGAUCUUGACCUUCCUGAGCGUUGUCGAGUGCUCAAGUUGGCCAAUAGCGUCACUUAUGACAGAAUGGAUAAAGCACUUGGCCAAUUGGAAAAAAUCAGCAUUCCUUCAUCGAGACAGUCCAGCGACAAAGAUGACUAUGAGCUGACGCCUCUCAUCCAAAUUCCUAUUGCAGAGCUUAAGUUCUUCGACGAAUCCCUGAAUCCGAGUCAGCAAGAGGCUGUCAAAUUCGCUCUUGAAUCCCGGGAAGUCGCUUGUAUCCAUGGUCCACCUGGGACAGGGAAAACACAUACCUUAAUUGAAAUCAUACGGCAACUCACCUCACCUUCGGAGCAUAGCGUCAAUGAGAAACAGAAACGCAUCCUUGUGUGUGGCGCUUCCAACCUAUCUGUCGAUAAUAUCCUAGAGCGUCUUCUUGCCAUACCACCCCCUGAGAAGGGCAAGAGAACAUCCUUGACAGCUACUCGCAUAGGCCAUCCCGCGCGCGUAAUGGCUAAUCAGGGCGUCUUAGAAGCAACGCUAGAAGUGAAAGCCAACAAGAGCGAUCAAGCCACACUUGCAAAGGACGUCAAAUCUGAGAUUGAAUCAACGCUUGAUGUGCUUGCUGGAAAGGGGAAAGGCUCCAAGAAACCAAGAGGUUCGGAACGGAAGAAGAUGUGGGAAGAGGUAAAGGCUCUCAGGAAGGACAGGCAGCUCCGUGAUCACAAGUUUGAUGUAGUCAUUAUUGACGAGGCAACACAAGCGCUCGAAGCAGUGUGCUGGAUCCCGAUAUUCAAGGCGAGAAAGCUCAUACUGGCCGGCGACCCGAUGCAAUUGCCACCUACAAUUCUCUCUAUCGACAAACAUAAGAAGACAACAUCUGGGACUACGACACUAAAGAAGAGUGCAAGUAUUGUGAAUGAUCAAAAUAAGUCGCAAGAGUCGACAGCAUCAAAAUCUCAGCUGCCAGAAGAAGACGAAGGCACGAGUUCCAGUGAUGCAGAUUCCGAAGCGGAAUCGGUCAAAGGAGACAAAAUCAUGGCACAAGACGCCACAAUCGAAGUGUCCGAAGGAGGAUCGCAGUCGAAUCCAAAGCCUGUCAAAAAAACUCAAAAGGAGGCGAAGGGACGGACUGGCUUGCAGCCACCCCGUACAUUAGAAACAACGCUCUUUGACCGGCUUGAAAGGAUGUAUGGUCCAGAUAUAAAACGCUUGCUCAAUGUUCAAUACCGAUCUCAUCUCCUCAAGGACCUACCCAGUGCUAGUGUCUUUACCUCCUCUGAAGACGAGGACACCAUCAAAGAAAUACUGGGAACACCAGUCGUGUUUUAUGACACUGCGGGUUGCGAAUACUUUGAGCGAAUAGACGGAGAUAGCGACGAAGGCAGCCGCUGCAACGAGAACGAAGCAGCCGUGGUGUCAAAAUGGGUCGAAAGGCUGGUGGGAGCUGGAUUGCUGCCAUCACAAAUUGCUCUGAUCACUCCGUACCAAGCACAGGUUACUCUUCUCACUUCCUUGCUUAGACCAGUGUAUGGUCUUGAGCUUGAGAUCGGGACCGUCGAUGGAAUGCAGGGGCGAGAGAAGGACGCUGUCAUUAUUAGCUUAGUGCGCAGUAACGACAAGGUGCGAUUUAUCCUCUCUACUGCACUUUCCAUUGAACGUUUCCAGCGCGAAGUUGGGUUUCUGAAAGAGAAGAGACGUAUGAAUGUCGCCAUGACCCGAGCCAAGAGGCACUUGGUAAACAUGCAAAUGUUUAUCCUCAUGGUAUUGACUAAUCAGGACUCGCAGUGUAUUGUGGGCGAUUCGUCGACUGUGAAGCAUGGCAGCCCGUACUUGAAGAAAUGGCUUACUUGGCUCGAGGCAAAUGCGGAUGUGAGGUUUGCGGAAUUUGAUUCCAUUUGAUCGUGGGUCUGGCCCCUGAUUAGCUGCGGUGCGAACAUGAUCAUGUAAGACUGAUAAGGAAUCAGUGUAUGAGAUUCUGCUAUUGAUAUGAGUGUACAUGGGCUGUAUAUGUACGUCUUUGAAUAAUUGACUAGGCCAGAAUGAGUAUGAGGAACAUAUGGUGAAGGCGAAAUGAAGCGGUCAAGGCGAGGGGAUCGCGGAG